AUGUCCGAGUCGACCAACACCCCGUCCGCACCUUCGCGAGGCAGCCGCGGGUCCCACAGUGGAACCCGCAGCAAGCUGAAGGCGUUGCGUGCGGAAGUCCGAGCAAAGCUCGCCGCAAGUCAAGAGCGGAUCAACAAAGCCCUCGAGGAAUCCAAGCAACUCGAGGCCGAACUGCUGGCAACGGUCGACGCCGCUCUGUCCGAGGCCAGCAGCCGCAGUCGGUCUUCUCGCACGAAGACCACCCGGACUGAGUCUUCUCACCGCGAGGACUCAGCCGGAGCCCUCACAGAGCAGGCGCUGUCCGACCGUGAGGUCGAACAGGCACCGCGCACUGAGCGGCUCGAGCCCAAUGUCGAGCCCGCUCAAAACCGCCCGGAGACCGACUCUCCACCUGCUUCGACCCAGCCGAUGAAGCUCGGCACCACUCUGAGGAGUGGUGAGCGCGCCGAGCUCGAAACGUAG